GAGAGCUGUUAUAUUUGUGCCUGCUACAGUUGGAAAUAACAGUUCAGAAGCUGAAAAGGGUUGAAUGGAUUUACAGAAGGUUAUUUUUUGCGAGUAAAUUCAUGGCAACACAUUAAUUUGAUUAGUACAUGCUUUAGAAUUACUUUACACUCAAGCGAUUCAAACGAUGUUAAAGUUAUCACCAGGCUGCUGGACAAACAUGUGUUACACCACCAAGGUACAGAUCAAGACAAAUCUGUGACUCAGGAUUUUAUCUUGGGAAGAGCGCAAGGUGUACGAAGAACUCAGAAUAACAAGGGAAGAUAACUCUGGGAACUACAAUGUGUCAGAAGAACAGCUCUUGCUAAUACAGCUCCCCACCAAAGACCUGGUUAUCUAAGGUUUAUAUAGGAAUGCCUAGGUCAGCUGACAAAAUACUGGUCUUCUGCUCCAUAAAUGCAGAAAAACCGAUAACAACAGUGGAAAAUUGGAAGUCUGAAUUUCAGCUUUCUUAGAAAUAACUGCAACCUGACACAUUCCAUAAUAUUUAAACAGGGUGGGGGGAGAGGAAUCACCAAAGAUGUUACGUUUAGAGAUGACAUUGACAUGAAGAAUAGGAGGCUGCGGAACCAUGAGAGAAGGGAGAUUCAGAGAGAGAUUCUCUCUAUCCUGGGUUUACCUCACAGACCCAGACCAUUUUCACCAGGAAAGCAGGCUUCUUCUGCACCCCUCUUCAUGCUGGACCUGUAUAAUGCCAUGACAAAUGAAGAGAAUACUGAGGAGCUGGAGUAUUCACUAAAGGGAUCAAUGGCAGGGGAGAGCAGAGGGAUACAGAAAGGAUACCGUGCCUCUCCAAAUGGAUAUUCACGGAGAAUACAAUUAUCUCGCAUGAUCCCCCUGACCACACAGAAUCCUCCCUUAGCCAGCCUGCACGACACCAACUUUCUGAAUGAUGCUGACAUGGUCAUGAGCUUUGUCAAUUUAGUUGAAAGGGACAAGGACUUCUCCCACCAGCGAAGGCACUAUAAAGAGUUUCGCUUUGACCUUACUCAGAUCCCGCAUGGAGAGGCAGUGACAGCAGCCGAGUUCCGAAUAUACAAAGAUCGAAGCAACAGCCGCUUUGAGAAUGAAACCAUUCAGAUUAGCAUAUAUCAGAUCAUCAAGGAGUAUCCAAACAGGGAUGCAGACUUGUUCCUGUUAGACACAAGAAAGGCUCAAGCUUCUGAUGUGGGCUGGUUUGUCUUUGACAUUACUGUGACCAGCAAUCACUGGGUGAUUAAUCCACUGAACAAUCUGGGUUUGCAACUCUGCGCUGAGACAGAGGACGGUCGAAGUAUCAAUGUUAAAUCUGCUGGCCUGAUUGGAAGACAUGGGCCUCAGUCAAAGCAACCAUUCAUGGUUGCAUUCUUCAAGGCAAGUGAAGUGCUUCUCCGUUCUGUCCGAGCAGCCAACAACAAAAGGAAAAAUCAGAACCGCAACAAAUCCAGUAGUCAACAGGAGUCUUCUAGGAUGCCAAGUGUUGGGGAUUACAACACGAGCGAGCAAAAGCAAGCAUGUAAGAAACAUGAACUUUAUGUGAGCUUCCGAGACUUAGGAUGGCAGGAUUGGAUUAUUGCACCAGAGGGCUACGCUGCAUUCUACUGUGAUGGAGAGUGUUCUUUCCCCCUCAAUGCCCACAUGAACGCAACAAACCACGCCAUUGUUCAGACUCUGGUUCACUUGAUGUUCCCUGAUCAUGUACCGAAGCCAUGCUGUGCACCAACAAAACUGAACGCAAUCUCCGUGCUCUACUUUGAUGACAGUUCCAAUGUUAUUUUAAAAAAAUACAGGAAUAUGGUGGUGCGUUCAUGUGGCUGCCACUAGAAUAAAAAGAUAAUCUAAAGCAGAGGGGUUUAUUCAAAAUUGUAAUAAAGUCAAGAUAUGAGCGUUGCUGAUGAAAAGGCAGGCCGAAAUUUAUUCCAUUUCAUGUCAUCUCUCAUUUAAUUGUACAGUAUAAUGUAUAUAGUAGCUUUUAUUUAUUUAAAAGUAUAUAGUUUCUUUUGUAUGAGCAAAAUUUCAGAACCGUUUAUUUUAUGGGUCGCCUCACCAUGCAGUAGAAGUUCACAAACUAGUUUUUCAAUGGACCAUGCUGAAAUCUGUUUCAUUCUGUUUCAAUAUUUUAAGGUAAAGCCUUUGUACAGAAUUUUUUAAAACUAGAAACUCCAGAACUUCUGUAACGGCUUUGUAUUGUUAAAGGAACUAAAAUACAUUUGGUCAUAUUGUGCCAAUGAAAACUGUGGCGAGGUAUUUAUUUAGAAAAAGACACAGGGAAAAAAACUAAACAAAACUGCUCGACUAAACAUAUUUUUUCUUUUAGAAGUUCUGCUCCAUUAGAAAAAGUGAAAUGUUGAACAGUGCUUAAGUAAAUAAAUAGUAGAUAGAAAAUAGAAGUGAAAAAAUUGCACAUAAUUGUUAUAACUAUUUUCUUUAACAAAAUGAGUGUAACUGGAGGAGUAUGUUACUUUUUGGCUUGUGAGCUGCAGAGUUUGCAAAAGGCUCCAGGCUUCGGAAAUUCCGUGUAGACAGACUCUUGCCUUUAUCUAGGACUUUCCAAGUUAACACUAAAAAUUGAACUACAACAUUCUCACCUCUAAUCAUAUGAGUCUCUUAUCUACUACACUGCUCUGGCAAGUAUUUUUAUAAUAGCACCACAAGGUAAAAUCAAACAAAACCCACACAAUCCUUCCCAUAAUAUACACAGUAUAUACACUAUAUACACAAAAUAUACAGAAGAUGCAGUAUGGAAGGGCUUUGCUUUAUUUAGCUCCUACUUCUGGAUGUGUUUUGUGAGUGUGUGAGGGAAGGCAUUGGGUAUGCAAUUGUCACUUCUUUAAUCAAAAGUCAUGUCCCUAGUGGUGGCUGUUUUCAGAAAAAGAUGAAAAACACCUUUCAUAACAAGGCAUUGGGUAAUUUGCAGCCUACUUUCAGUCUCAUCUGCUUUUCUAUCGGGUGGGAAUUAGUUUAAAUAAUGAGACUCAGUGUGGGAUAUUGUUCCUUUUAUUUUGCAUUAACUAUUGUAACUUUGUUAUAAUUCUUAAAUCCAUAUAAUAACUUUUUAAUCUCCCUAAAUUUUUGGCCUCAAAUCAAAUCCUGUGGUUGUGAAUUGCAUAACCAAUUACAGAUUACAUUUCCACCACCACUACAUAUAUGCUUAUUUUGAAUUAAGGACAUUUAAUGCCUUUGGACACCCCUUUGUUUUAGUGUUAUGAAAAUGGGAAAACAGAAACUCUGUUUUCUCUCUAUUACAUGACUAAUUAUAAUAAAUGCUUUUAUCAGGAAUUGACUUCACUAAAAAUGCUUCAUUUAAACCAUUCUCAGAGAGCUGCUAAAAAAUGCAGAGGACAUAUCAGUUUCUCCUUAGACAGUCUAUUCAUGUAACUCUGUCUUCUCCGGUUAUUUAAAAUAUAUUUCAGAAAACUCAGAUUAUUACAGACUGAUAAAAUCGGUGUGUGCGUGUGACUGUGUGUAUGCAUGUGAAUGUGCAGCUGCCGUUUUUGCAGAAACUAAUUUAUUUUAUCUUGCUUUUGGAGUAAUACAUAAAUCCUUUUUAUGCAUACACUCAGUUAAAAAAAGAAAAUAAAUUAAUUAGCAGUCUUGAUUUCAGUCUUGGGAACUCUUUCCUCUUAAUAGAACAGUUUCAUUUUACACUUCCAUCUCUGUUUUAUACUGGCAUUACCUACAUAUCUACAUUUAGUUGCAGAUUAUGCACAAGGGUGUACGGCAAAAUAUGUCUCCAUCUGAAUUACCAUUUUGGAACAGUUAGAUUCCUGGGUUGUCUUCAAAAAUUUACUGGUUUCUUUAUAAAUUGGGUAGGCAGAUAUGCUUUUUUUGAACUCAAUUUAUUUUGAAUGGAAUUUGAUGGAUAUUAAAUUUUGGGUACAUUAAGUAAUAUAUUUUUAAAUAAUGGUGUACCAUUUUGAGACUAAGAAGCUGAAGAUUAUUGUUAUAUUAUUCUUUAAAAUAUGCUGUUGGAAUAUAUUUCUAUAUUUUGAGACAUAAUAAACCUGUAAUAA